UCUAUUUCUCUUUAUAAUUUCAUGGCGAGUGGCAGUGCUGUGGUGUUCUGGGUAAUCGACAUCGAAAAUAUUGAGCGCGGGAAGUGAUAUUAUUACAGUUUUGCAUCCAAAUUGUCAAAGCAAAAAACAGAACCAAGUAAAAUAUAUUUUUAUUUAAUUUGUGUUAAAAACUUUGUGCAUCAAACCUCAACAAAAACGAAUAUAAAAACAAACUAUAAGAUUUGUUGCACGGCGCAAGCCACGGGGUAGCAGCUCUGUUUGUGCGUGUAUGUGUGGUACAGUUGGGUAGAAAAACAUUGCUGGCCUGGCAGCGCCGCACAAAUUUAUGAGCUCCAGAGCAAAAGCAAAGCAAACGAAAACGACCAAAAGAUCUUUUCAAAACAAAACACAGUGGUAUUAUAAAAUUUGGUGAAUACUAAUGCUUGCAUAGACGUUACAAAUAUAGUAAUUUUACUGCAAAUAAAUGCAAAUAAAAAUGUAUGGCGUUGCCAAUUUGCUGGUAUUAUUCACAAACAGGGACGUCUUGUCGAACGCAAUCGAAAACGCAGUGCAGUGAAAGUGUGCGAAACAGAAAUCACAGUCUCUUAUGAAAAGAAAAACCGAAAAAUGUAAAACCAUUUAAUUGACUUAUGAAAAAUGCGAGCUGGAAAAAAAACGGAAGCUGAGAUAGGAAAGACUCGAUCGUGCAUAGUAUACGUAAAAAAUCUGAAGGAAUCAGAAGCCACCGAUAAAAUCAACUCAUCAACGACAUCCGGUAAACAGACGAAAACAGUGCGCAUCGCUGCUGCCGCCGCCGCCUCUAAAAUACCAACAAGACGAUCUAUUAAGGAAAAAGAGCUGGAACAACUGGAACGAGAGACAUCGCGAGCGACGCGCACCUCCAAACGAGCCACGACCAUUACAAACAUUGAGCUGCUUCCAAUCAAGAACAAACCAAUUGUGAGCACUCCGACUGCGGUAGCAACACGCACACGCAACAGCAAAGCCGACGAACCAACCACAGUGCCAAGGGCAGCAGCAAAGACGGCGAAACAACAGAUCAAGGCAGUGGCAACACCAUUGACCAAACGGCGCAACACAGCGCUAAUAUUACCCGUAGCUCGGCCGUGCACUCCGCUUAGCAAGCGGUGUGACACGAUAGCGCAACAGCAGAUCGUUAGCGAACCGAAAGCUAAAAUGUACAAACAGUCAAAGAUAGCCGCAACGGCAGUGGCAACGCCACCGCCAACGAUUGCGGCGAGUCGUUCCCGUCGCUCCAUCAAACCGAAUCCAAAAUACGCCAGUGACGAUAUGGUAACGCCAAAGUAUGUGGCCGCACUCUCCAGCGAUAAUCCCAGCAAGCGAUCGGUGAAGCAUCUAUUUGCCGAUGACGAUGACGACGAGGAUGAGGAUCUGCGCGAUUUGAUAGAGGAGGACAACGAUGACGAGCUGACCGAUGCGGCAUUCAAUCCGCAACUGCACAAAUCCGAUGAUGAUGAUGACAUAAGUGAGCGCGACUUCGAACAGCAGCUGCGGCGCGAAAAGGUGCCACCCAAACGUGGACGUGGACGUCCACCGAAAUCCGCCAGUGCAGCGACAGCGUCAAGCAACAGUGCGUCCCAAGCCGGACGUGGCGGAGCCACGCACUUGCAGCAGCUGCGUCGCACAAUGGCGCCAAAUUUGGCGCGAUCACAUAUUAAGGUAAUGGCCUCUCCGGCGGUGGGCAACAAACGCAAGCUUGAGGACAGCAAUGAUACUCCAAUAGCACGCAAGCGCAUGACCACCGACUGGCCCGUCAUUAAUGGCAGCACAUCGGUGGCCAAAACCUCUGCCAUUACCCUGUCCACCAGUCAGGCCAAGCCAAAGGUCGUUGUGGGCAGCAGCAGCAAUAGUGGCAACAGCAGCAGCGCCGGCGGCUUGCGCAUGGUACAGUCAACAAGCGCCAAACCGCGGCCGGCGUCGACCUUCAAGAUGGCAACGCCCACAGGAGGUGCGCGCAAUGUUGGCACAGCUACAGUGGGUCGUACGGGCACAGUGGGCCGCCCGCCUGGAUCGACCAAUGCGCUCAAAGUGCAAAAGGCAGCAGCAGCAGCAGCGGCAGCUGCGAGUGCUGCGGCCACAGCUAUGAAAUCAGCAGAAACAGACGAUGUGCCCACGUUCACAAUCGUUAAUAUUGACGACAUUAUAAAUCAGGAUGAUGUGCUCAUUACACGCUCCUCUUCCAACAGCAUCAGCAGCGGCGGCGGCAAGAAAUUGUUGAGUGCCGCGAGGAACAACAAUAAUUCGCGCACAAAUCAACCCACUUCCUCCCCCAUAACACCGAUCGGCAGCAGUAGGAAUAGCGGCAGCACGCCAAGCGCUAAUUCAACGGCAGUCUCAGCCAACAAAGGUCUCAAGACAACAACAGUGGGAGUGGGAAUAAGAACAGGAGCGACUACAAAGCAUCCAUUGACGAUUAAUCAUAAUAAACAGACGUCGCUGGUCGUCUCUGUGGGUCAAACGAAGCCGCGACCGCGCAUCCUAAAUGCGGAAAUGGGCAAGAAGACGCAGCCGAUGAUGAAGCCCCUGAUGAGCAUGGGCAAGGAGUUGUGUCCCAUGACCGAUGGCGAUAACACCGAGGAUGAGGAUAUAUCCAAUGAUCUGGCAGACGAUGACAUCACCAUAUCCCCACCUGCAGCAGCAGCAGCAACAAAUCAAACGCGCAUAAUGCGUCGUGUACAGACUACAAAAUGGAUGCCCAACCGACGACACGUCCUUUCGGCGACAGCGUCGACAAAUGCCAGCAACAAUCAAAGACAUCAUCAGCAACAGCAACAACAACAGCAGCAGCAGCAGCAACAACAACAACAGCAACAGCAACAUCAUCAGCAACUGGCCUCUGGUACAGAUCGCAAGCUGACCAAGUUGCUGGGCGAAAACAGCGACGAUGAUGUAUUUAAGAAGCCGGCCAGUCCAUCGACAUCAACGCCUUCGCAGCGUCGCUAUAAGGAGAAUACAGCGGAUGAGGAUGCAGCCAUGACUGCAGCCGAACCAGAACCCGAGGCCAAACAGCCCAAAUACUUUCCACCCGAGACAACCACAUAUUGUGAGGAAGACGGUAGAAUCGUCAAGAAGAUUACCUGCUAUGAGACCUGGCAUGUGAUCAGCACGCCCAAAGAGCCAUCGAGCAAGACACGCCAGCAACGCACCUGCCUCGAAUUGCCGCUGGUAAAGCUGGCCAAUGUGGCAGCACGCAUCAAGUUCCCGUCCAGCAAAUGGACGAGCAAGGUGACCCUCUACAAGCUGUCGCCAUCGCUCAUGCAGCGCCAGACGAUGACCAUAUUUACCGGUGAUCUAAAGAGCUACAAUAUACACGAAGAGGAACGCCACAAAUAUCAGCCAUCGUGCGUGCUCUUCCGGCGCACCGUGCUCGAUCGGAGCAAAUGUCGAGUACCCUUCGAUCGUGCCAUCAUCUUCAAGAACAAAUGCUUCUAUGCUAACAUUGAGGGCAAGCAUGUCAAUCUGUUGGGUGCACCCGAGGUGGUUAACUCCGUCAAGGAUGUAGAGAUACUGAUAGAUAUUGUAGACUCGCUGGCCCUAUCCAGCGAUCUCGUUGAAAUGGUCACGUCCAAGUAGUAAGCAGCUUGGCUGGGUGGGUAUGUAGGGAUGUAAUUGAUGAUGAUUAUAAGUACAUACUCCAGUGUGUAUGCAACAGCAAAGACAUGCAUACAUACAGAUACACACACAUAUAUAUACAUAUAUAUAUA